AUGGUUGCGGACCCAGCGAUUCCUGCGGAAUCCAUUGAGUGUUUCAAAGAGUUGGCCAGGUGGGCCUUGGAAACUUUGAGGGCAGAUGAGCACCUUUUGUGCCGAGCUGCGUGGGAAGUUGCAGCUGUUGCCUGUGCUUUAGCCAGUUUGAGCAAGCAGACGGGACGCCCAGUUGCCAGCUUCGAUGACUUGACCCUUGGUGAGGUUGCGCCGAUGGCUGGGCAAGGCGCAGGUGAUAUCCUUGCCCUUGCUGGCACAGAGGUUGGUGCAGUGAAAGAACGAGAAAUGAAAUUGGUGUUUGGAAUGCUCUUGAGCCAUCUCAUUGGCCCGGACAAGGAGAACUACAAGGAUCACCAGCUUUGGCUGAGCAGGCUGAAGGAUGACUUAGAGAUGCUUUUUGUUGACCUGACAGGUGCCUUUCAGUUUCCCGACGCUGAUCAAGUAGCCAUGUCGGCAGUUGCUAGCUAUGGGAUUGCUUUGCGCUGCGCCCCCUCGAUUCUUCAGAAGCAGCCUGCAGAUUUCAAUGGUGGCUACUGGCAUUGGCAGACCGAGAGAUUUCCAGAUGGAUGUGUGUCAAUGAUCGAUGGAUCUACGCAGCCGCAUGCCAGCAAAGUUCCCAAACCUUCUGCAGACCAGAUGAGUUUCAAUGAUGGUUGUGCUUUCAGCCUUUGUCGAAUCACUUCUGAUUCCUCGACUUCGUGGUGUGACACGGGCUUGGGAGCUGAGAAUCAUGAAGUGACUAGUGGCACCGCCCCAAAAAUGUCUCAACGAGCUAAGCAUCGAAGAGAUAAGGGCUACAAUAGGGCAGGGCCCGAGCAAAGUUCUCGCUUUGAGGAGAUUUUGAGCACGGAUGGCCGCACCAACAGGGACACAGAGAUCUUUGUGACGCUGGGCCAGAUGAGUGCUUACAAGUUCAAGAAGGUUGGCAAUGUGAGCUCUGGUGGUGGCCGCAGAGGCGUGCUGAUGCAGAGCAAGAACAAGGGCUUCUUCUUGGUGGCGCAGCCCAUUCUCGAUCCAGUCUUGCAUCUCAAGGUCAAGGCCGUUUCAAACAAUGGCAAGAAGAUGGUGAAGGCUUUCCUCUCCAGAGUUGGCAAGAGUGCGUGUCGCAUAGUGGCUGAAGCCACUUUCAGCCCAGGGCAUUCCGUUGCCAGUGCUGUGAAGGAUUUGCGCUCCCAGAUCACCAAGCGCUACACCAACGUCGAGAUGGAUUGUAUGAAGAUCUACUAUUCAGGAUGCGAGAUCAGGAAGCCGCAUGUCACCUUUUCCUUUGCACAGCUCAAGGGACUGAGCAUUGGUGAGAUUAAGAAGGAAGCAGUGGGAUCCAUUUUGUCAACUUUCGCACCGCCACAAAAUGAGGAUCUCCCCCGUGGUGGGCAAGUGGAGCCUGCCGUGGAUCCACGGCAGCAUGGUGGACAGCUUGUGGCUGCUGAACCUAAGCCACAGCGGUCGAAGAAGCGUCAGGCUUCAAAACAGUUUGGCCCAGGGGACCUGAUUCGUCUACAACAUGGACUCCGCCGGGCAGUGCAGUCCAAUUGCGCUUGCAAGAUGUCGACUUGUCGCAAAGCUUUUCGAGAUCCUGCACGGUUUGAGGAGUUGGUGAAAUACCGUCUUCGACUACGAGAAAUGCACAAGAUGGACAUUGACAAAGAGGUAUUCGCUAUGUUGAAGCAGCAGCGCUUCAACGAGAGAUGCGGCGUCACUUUAUUGGGGGAGGCUAUGUGCCACAGAGCCUUUAGGCUUUUGGUUGGCAUUUCUAAAUCUCGAUUGCAACGCUUGCGGAAAGCCAUUUUGGAAGGGGCUGAAUGCUGUCCACACGAUCGCCGCUAUGUCCCCAGGAAGGGAUUGUGGCUGCACAAGAACAAGGCCAGAGCGGCAGUAGCAGAGUUUCUGAUGCAGUGCUACCAUGUUCAGGCUGAACCAAUGCCUGAAGCUGCCAAAGAAUCGGAGAUGAAAGUGGGUCUCAAGCCGGUGAAGCGGAGGGGCAAACGCCCGCGAAGUGCUUUCAAAAAAGAUUCAACAGAACAUGGCUACCCUGACACGGUAAAGUUUCUGCCGCCGGGCACUUUGGGUGAUUACCAUGAACAAUGCCAGCACGAGAAUCCCAACAUUAAAAUUUCCCGGAAGACCUUUUGUCGUGCAUCUCGGCCGUUCAUUCAUGGCGCUGAGGAAUCCUUUUUAAAGUGGUUUGAACUUGCCGUUUUUUUUAGUGAAAUCUUGCUCCAGCUGCAGGUAUGGGAAGAGAGUUUCAGAGACAUGUUGGUGAUCCGUGCGAAGACCCAACAUAGUAAGUGCAAUCAAUGCGUGAGAUACAAGUUGCUGAUAGCCAAGCUCCAUGACAACCCAAUGGCCAAGAAGGAGCAGCUGGAAAGAUUUCGACUACACCUUGCUCGCCAGUACGAGGACCGCGUUGCCUACUGGAACCUUCGCGGCCUCAGCAGAUUGCGGCAGCUAUCUGAUAGUCGGCAAGUUGUUUGCGUGGCAAUUGACACAGUUGACCACUCCAAGUUCGUGUUGCCGAAAUCUUUGGCAAUGCAGGCGAAAGAUUUCAGUCAAUUCCUGAAGCCUUCUUUGACAGUGACAGCCUCUUUGAUACAUGGGGUGGCUUGCAUCAUCCACAUUGCUGAGCCACACAUUUGCAAAGAUUCUUCCUACACCACGGAGAUCGUAGCCCACACGUGCAAGAUCAUUUCAGAGACACAGGGGAUCUACAUGCCACAGGUUUGCGUACAUUUUUGUGGAGACAAUUCGUCUCGAGAGCUCAAAAAUAACUCUGUGUGCCGCCUCCUUAGUGGACUUGUCUCCGCUGGCCGAGUGAGGGUGGCCACUCUCCAAACAUUGGAGAGUGGCCACUCUCAUGAGGACAUCGAUCAGAUGUUCUCUUCCCUUGCAGCUUGGGUAAUGGGCCAGAACGAGUUGCACACCACCAGUGACUUUGAAAAUUCAAUUUCUCAGUGGUUGGCACUUCCCACGACCCGGCCAACAGAGCCAAGAAAGCUGGUGAACCGCAUCCACCAGGACAUGACCGCUGCUCUGUCGAUUCAACUUUCUGGGACCGUGAUGAAGCAGUAUUGCAGCGACGAAACUUACAAGAGCACCAAGAUUUUGCACUUGCCGCACGCAGUGGUUCCGGAUGCGUCUUUGCUGGUUCCUGACGGAGAAUUCCCGUACAACAUGGAUCGCGCAGCGGACCAGUUAGAGCGGAUGGCUCGAGGUGAUUUUCUUAGGGAACCACCUUGUGCGGUUGGGUUGUUUCUUGGCACACUGUUGUUCGGGCCUGGCCCCAUGGUUGGCCCAGCAGGCUUGGCGCGACGACCGAUGGGAGUUGAUUUGAACCCGGCCAUCAAAAUUGCAGAGGAGGCUUACCAGGUCCAGCAGGGGCCUGCAAUUUGUGAUGACUUGAAGUCGUGGCAGGUGAUCAUGUGUGAUGGGCAGGCGAAAGCCAGCACGCAUAAUGACAUGCAUGCGUACUUUGCAGCCAAAUUCUCAACACAGGACCAGUUGCUGAUGCUCACGGAAUUGAUCGUCGUUCAAGGGUCAGAAGCCUAUAUGGUGUUGCAGCUCCACUUUGCCAGCUCGGGUUUUAUUGCGCCUCCAAGGUUUCAGACUGACCCAAACCUUGGCGGUACCGAAAAAUUGCUGGUGGGGUUGCCACCAGAUGGAAUGAUGACCAAGCGGACAUCUCUGACCGCAGCAGACGUGUCACCGUGCGCCCAACAGAACUUGGUUAACCCUGGUGGACUCAUGUUUGUGAAAGGAUGGACGCGCAGUUUUGCUGCGAUGUGUGUGAUGCUCGCCUGCUACGAAGUUUCGGAGCUGUACCAGGUCACUUGGAGUGAUUCACGGCACAACACGGAUGGUGGCAUGACGCUGCAAAGCACAUCGACAAGGAGAAAGCCCAACGCUUUCAACCUUUGUCAUCAAAUGCGUCUGAUGGCAUUGGAUCAAGUGGAUGAGUUCGAGGAGGUUUGGCAGGAUGCAGCCAGCCUGCAAUCUGCAUAUGCCCUAGGGGAGAAGGAGUCAACUGCAGCUUUCAAUCUCCUGAGGGAAAUUGAUGCAGAUGCGGUCCAGCGCUUGAGCAAGCUUGUGCAGAAAUAUUCCAUGGGCAAGUUCAUCACACAUGACGCAUUGGCUGGAGGGUUUCUGAACACUUCCUUCAACGGAGGCACUGGAAGUUUCGGUCCUUGGGAGCACGAGCUUCAGAACACUCCCGAAAUUGUGGGACUAGUAGUGCAGAGGUUGACAUCGGAUUAUGAAAAAGCCAAUCCCAAAAUGCGGAAGACGUGGACGGCCAAGGAGACUUUGCAGCGUGUUUGUGCAGCUUGGGUUGCUGCACUGGAAGUUCUGCAGACAAAAGUGCCAGAACAGUAUCUGGAAGAGGAACGUUCGAAUCUGCAUAGCGCGUUGAGUGACCAGCUGCAGUACAUGAGUAGCAAGCAGUCUCUGGCUAAGAUGGAGGCAGACAUAGCAAAGUUCAAUGUUUGGUCCACAGAGCUCCAGGAUCACAACAACCGAGAAGGGCAUUUUGAUGUCCGAUACCUCCAUGAAAGGUUUCAGCGAGGGAAAGGCAAAGUAGCAGACUUCAUGAGAACGAAUCAUCUUUUCACUGUGUGCGACAAUUUGCAGCAAGCACAAGCAGAGAUCUUGAAGUACCAGCAUUCUUUCGCAGACGGAACCCCACCGAUCACUUUGAUGAUCUUGGAUGCUACAAGCUGGCCUGCGCGCGGAUGUUUGCUGGAUGAAGCCAUCGAUGCUGCCAGCUCGUUGGCCAAUGGCAAUGAAAAUGCAGCGCUUCUGGUUUUGACCCCUGUUGUGCACAGCAACGUGGCCCAGCACGCCAUUGUCAAGAAACGCCGGCAGCUAGAAGACAAACUGUUUGCGUCUUUGGAAAUCCAGGAGUUGAGCCUAAACUUCGCCGAUCAGACUCACGGUGCUGACAAGCGGCGCAGGUCGCAGUUGUGUUUGCUUGGAACAAGCAGCGUGCACCAGAAGACUGCUUGGUCCAAGUCGAAAGCAUAUCUUGGCCUGAUUGGCCCCAUUGACAGGGCACGGGUCACUGACCUUCAGAAUCCAGAUGACAAGCCGUUGACACCUGCCCACCGAGUGAUGCAGAAAGGAGUUUCCGGUGUGAAGCAGAUCUUGGAAUGCUUGGUGGAUGGCUUGGGAUUGACCAAUGGUCAGCCACCGAUGGUGAUCGACUUCCUUCCAACAAGGUUUGGAGAAUGGGGUAUGGCUGCCUGGUGUCUCCAGAAACAGGCUUUGGAUGGCACGCCCGGCCCAGCCAUUCAUUACAUGGGAAUGCUUCCCUCUGAGAACGAUGAUGAAUUCACCCACCGACUUCCCAACUUGAUGUCUGGCAAGAUCAUGCAAGAAUGGUGGGACAACACUGCAGAAGCUGGCCCGAAGAGAAGGAUCCCUGAAGCCGUUGAAGAUGGAUUCCGGGGUGCUGAUCCUGCCAUCCUCCGCAUGUUUGAAGAUCUUCAGGUCAAAGUCAGGACCCAUGUCUUUUCCGAGGAUUGCGUGAUGACAAUGGAAGCUCUUGAAGCUGAUCAUGAGUUCUUGGGAGCCACGACAACCGUAUGCAACAGCGAUGUGAAGAUCUAUGUCACCAAAGAUUUUCGAGUCUUUUUGUGCAACACUUCUGACAAUGAUCUCCGGAUGUCGCCUGGUGAAUUGUUCGGGUUUGGCCUGGGCUCCUUUUCGGAGAAAUUGGCAGGAGUUGCUCGGUCUUCUGGGAAGGAUUGCGUUGCCUGGCUCUUGGGUACCGAUGCGGACAUGGUGGUUUGUGCUGGCAAUGACGGCAAAAAAGCGUUGCCGUUGGCUGAGGUGGUAUGUGGUGCAGCGCGCGACUCCGGGAUCAUGGAGGUCCAAGUCUGCGACUAUGAUCUCACCCAAGCCGUGCAGGCUGAUGGAACUGCGAGAGACUUUCGCUACACGGUGAACGCGAAGCCGAAGAUCAAUUGCUUUACGCCAAAGGCGCUGGAAGAGAAGGAUCUCCAGGAGGAGGAAGUAGCUCCACCUGCGCCCAAAAAACCUAAGCCGUCCCAGACCCGCCUGAAAAAAGAACCUGAAGGAGAUGAGUCGGUGGCACCUUCCUCAACCACAUGCAAGAAACGACCAGCAAGUGCCAAGCCUAAAAGUGGAGCUGCUUUGAAACGCCCAGCAAGUGCGAAAGCCAGUGCCAAGGCGGAGCCUAAACCCAAGACCGCAGCAAAGAAAAGUGGGAAACAAGCGAAGGCUGAGUAUGAGGUUAGUGAUGGACCCGUGCGCGCUUACAAGUCACUGUACAAAGAGUCGAAAGCAUGGGGCAUCAAAAUCAAAGGCAAGAACCAAGUCAUGCAGGAAGCUGCUCGUGUUGCGUUCGAAGAGAGAAAGACCAAGGCCGAGGUAGAGACUUUGGUCGAAACGUUGCAGCUGGAAGCUGUGGCCAACAACUCCAAGCAGGAUGCUGCAGCACCUUCAGAGCCAAUGGCUGCCGCUGCUGAGAUCGCAUUGGAAACAGACGCCCAUCAUGAAGAAGGCGAAGAAGAGAAAGGUGAGCAUGACGAUGAGGUCCCAGUGGGAGCUGGACAGGAUGUCGACUGA